AUGCUAAGUUCGAAGCAUAUAGAAGAGGUACGCGUUGAGUACAUGGGCACCCGGGAUACUCCAUCAUCGGUCGAAAUUGCUCUUGCAAUGAAGCCUUUUUUGCGGAAGAAGGCCGAAUUACAGAUAUCGCAAAACCAAAAGCUAAGAGCUGAGGUAGAAGCUGCGGAAAAGAGAUUUCGACGUUUACAAGAGUUAAUCAAAAUUCAGGAGAAGUAUUUGAAUUACGAAAAUAAAGAUGAACUUUUAGCACAGAAGGCUGAGUGUGAUGCUAUUCUGUUUCAAAUUGAAAACUGGGCGGCAAAGCAUGGAUUCUCUGAGCGUCUUACAGUAAUCUGA